UUUGUGUUGUUGAUCCAGGCCAGCACCAGCAAGGGGGCGGAGCCUCAACAGGAAGUGGUCAGAGAGGAGGAGGAGCAGGAAGAAGAGGCAGGUCAGUGGGUGUGGGAGCCCAUGCUGUGUGGGGAGGCAGAAGGAGGGAAGGUACCCCAUUCCCUGGAGGUUCUGUAUCACCAGGCUCAGAGCAGCAGUACCUGUGAUGCCCUGAUGGUGGCAGUCCACCUCUUGAUGGUGGAGACUGGCUUCCUGUGUCAGGGCUCGGAGGGGCGUCCUAGUGAGAUGCCAGCUGGGUGGAGAGCACCAGGAGGGCUGUACAGACUGCAGUAUGCCCAUCCUCUCUGUGACGACAGCCUGGCCUUGGUCCUAGCUGUCCCCAUGGGACCCGUUCUGGUUAUCAACGCCACCCUGAAGAUGAACCAGCAGGUGGACACAGUGAAGAAACUGUCGCUGAAACCCUCCACAUAUGUGACUGACCAGUGGACAGGUGACAGUGCAGCGGCCGUCUACACAGAGCUGAGGAAGUUGUCCCGGGUCUUCAAAGACCAGCUGGUGUAUCCUCUGAUCGCUUCAGCCAGAGAAGCCAUGGCCCUGCCAGCAGUGUUUGGCCUGCCAGUCCUUCCACCAGAGCUGUUACUGAGGGUGCUGAGACUGCUGGAUGUCUCCUCUCUCCUGGCCCUCUCCUCGGUCAACAGACACCUCCACCAGACCACCACAGACCCGGCCCUCUGGAGACACCUCUACCGCAGAGACUUCCGAGACAGCCAAGACCACAGCAGAGACACUCAGUGGAGAGAGGUGAGUCAGGUCCCAGUAUUCUCAUAUUGACUGUUGCAGACAGCC